CGGCGCCGCCUCCAUUGUUCCCAGUCGCUCUCAGAACUUCCCCAAGGCCCAGCAAGCCAUCUACUGCACACGCGUGGACCUCGGGUUCCUUUGUGCGGAGUUUCCACCGAAGGCGGUGGGCCUCGGGUCUGCCCAGGCGGCAGGCAGUUCUCUCGGUCGGGCCGAAGCCAGACCUGGGCGCCGGGGCCACGGACCAGGGGCUGACAGGCCUGACAGCAGCCCUCCUUACAGCCGGCCCCACGGCCGAGUACAGAGACACCGACCACCGACAAACCGUCCCUGCAGAGGAGGACUCGCCCCGGACAGACAGGAUGCAGAGAUGGCCCUGCCCCCAAGGGGCACCCGGCCCCAAAGUCACCACAGAGACCAGAACCAGACCAGAGUCCAGCACUCCAGGCAGCACCCCUCCCCGCACAGGGCGGGCCCGACCGGGUGCCCAGUUCAAGGGCUAGGACCACAGGUUGCCCGCAGGGCCCGCAGAGGAGUGGGGGCCAUGUCUUCCCAGAGGUACCCCUGCCCAGGUACCCCAGUGUCUGUGGCCCGCAGCCACACCCACUUUCUCCACCGCCGAGGACUACCCCCUCGGACCCAAGUCGGCACAAAGAGAGGCAAGCGGUCAAGGAUGGCAGGGAUCCGGCGGGGCCACGCCCGGGCACCAGGUGAUGUCCCUGCCUCACGUGUGUCCCCAGCUCCAGCCUCAACCAGCUCUGCCCCCUGCCCUGUUGGUAAGGAGGGACACUGCCCACUAGGCUGGGCCCAUGAGAGACCCAUGGGGAGCCACGGACAGGAGGGGCUCCUGCAUCAACUAAGCCAGCUGGACCAAGAUGCAGGUGGGCUCGGGCAGGGCCCAUCACGGGCAGGAAAGCUGCCGGGUGGGCCAGAGGCUCUGACUUCCCACCUGCCCACAGAGCUGGACGACUCUGAAGCCAUCAGGCCCCAGGCCACCCUCCUAGAGAAGCACUUUCUGGAGGGGGAGAAGCAGCCACCCAGCACAGGGCAAGGCCCCUUCUUCUACAUUGGAGGGACCAACGGGGCCUCCAUAAUCAGCUCCUACUGCAAGAGCAAGGGCUGGCGGCGCAUCCAGGAUAACCGGCGGGAAGACUACAAGCUCAAGUGGUGUGAGGUCAAGUGCAGAGACACCUACUGCAACUUCCGGGAAGGCAAGCAGCUGCUGUACCAGCUCCCCAACAACAAGCUCCUCACCACCAAGAUUGGGCUGCUCAGCGCCCUGAGGGAGCACUCGAGAGUUCUGAGCAAGACCAGCAAACCAGCCCACUGCGCACAGACCAAGGUCCUGAAAAUGGAAGACUUUUUCCCAGAGACCUACCGUCUGGACAUCAGGGACGAGAGAGAGGCUUUCUUCACCCUCUUUGAUGAAACCGAAAUGUGGAUCUGCAAGCCCACAGCCUCCAACCAGGGCAAAGGCAUCUUUCUGCUCCGGAACCAGGAGGAAGUCACCACCCUCCAGGCCAAGACCCAAAGCAUCGAGGACGACCCCAUCUACCGCAAGAUGCCAUUCCGGGCACCCCAGGCGCGGGUCGUGCAGAGGUACAUCAAGAACCCUCUGCUGCUGGAUGGGAAGAAGUUUGAUGUGCGCUCCUACCUGCUCAUCGCCUGUGCCAUGCCCUACAUGGUCUUCUUUGGCCACGGCUAUGCUCGCCUCACCCUCGGCCUUUAUGAUCCCCAUUCCAGUGACCUCAGUGGCCAUUUAACCAACCAGUUCAUGCAGAAGAAGAGUCCCCUCUACGUGCUGCUCAAGGAGGACACGGUGUGGAGCAUGGAGCACCUCAACCGUUACAUCAACGACAAGUUCCACAAGACCAAGGGCCUCCCGCGAGACUGGGUCUUCACCACCUUCACGAAGCGAAUGCAGCAGAUCAUGGCCCACUGUUUCCUGGCCGUCAAAGCCAAGCUGGAGUGCAAGCUGGGCUACUUUGACCUUAUCGGCUGUGACUUCUUGAUCGAUGAAAACUUUAAGGUGUGGCUGCUGGAAAUGAACUCCAACCCCGCCCUGCACACCAACUGUGAAGUCCUGAAAGAAGUGAUUCCCGGCGUGGUCAUGGAGACCCUGGACCUGGCGCUCGAGACCUUCCAGAAGAGCCUACGCAGCGAAAAGAUGCUACCACUGCUGUCCCAGCGCCGCUUCGUGCUCCUGCACAACGGCGAGACGGACCUGUGGCCGUGCCUGGGGGGCUCCCGCAACGUCCCCCGCCCGCCGCUGCCCCCACUUCGGCCCACCUGCGACGCCGCGCCCCUCGAGCCCCCCCUGCUCCGCGCCACCGACAGGCCGGGCGCGCGCAGGCCCGCGCCACACCGGGACCUCGGCAGAGGGCCAGGGCGGCCCUCCUCCGCGCAGCGGCGCCCCCGGCCUCCCGUCCCCGCCCCCGACGGCGCCCUGAGUGGAGGCCCCGAGGCCCAGGGCGGUGGGCAGCCGCGAGUGGGCGACGAGGACCGGGUACGGGAGCUUUCCCCGGGGCCGGCAGAAGAGGAGCGCAAGACCGCGGGCCAUCGCGGCUCCUAGUGGGUGGGCUACCAGCUCUCUCCCAGGGACCUAUAAAAGCUACUUUGUUACAAGCACGGCCUCUGCCCCGCACACCCGGCCCCAAGACCCCCGCUGGCAGCCUCCCUGAACCCCGCGAGUCGCUACUUCACUGCUGGGACCCGUUCUUGGGGGAACAUGGGGAUCGAGGGAUGAGCCGCCGAAUCUGAACCCCUGACUUUGCCCACCAUGGGCUGCUUCCAUCCGGUGAAGCUCUCCAGUUUCUGGGCCCCCAGGCGUCACCUAUAGCCUGCCUCCAUCCGGACCCUGGGCCCCUGCAGCCUCACAGGUUACCUACCCCGGCUGCCUAGUCUGCGGUCCCUGGGAAAGGCAGCCAGUGUCUCCCAGGCAAGGGUCUGAGUCCCCAGGGGCCCCUCCAGAUCCCCAUAGGAGCGCUUUUUCACACCAGGCCCCACCCUGCCCAGGCUCAGCUCCUUUCUGGGGCUUCAGAGCACGUGCCACGGUGGGAGCUAUACAGCAGGCAGAGCAUCGCAGAGGCCCCAAGGACUCAGGCUGUGGGCAACAAGUGCGUGGUUGUGCAGGAAGGCGCCCUGAGGGGUGUGCCGAGCCAGCAUGUCCCCAUGUUCCUUGUGGCCCCAACCUCGAGGCUGCUGGGAGAAACCUGCUACCACCAAGCAUCCUGGACCAGCCAUAAUCCCCUCUCCACACCCACCAUCCCACACCGACCCCAGUCCAGGCCCACCCCUAUGCCCACUGCAGCUGGCACCCCUCCUCCUGCACUGCCUUUCACAUACCCCGCCCUCCCCUCUCCCAUCAGUCACCACCAAGUCACAUGCCCUCCCCCUGUCCUGCCCACCCUCACUUGUGACCCCAGUGGGCUCCACCACAGGUGGGAGGGGCUGCUGGGACCCUUGUUCUGCUCUGCAUUGGAGUAUGGGUAGGACCUAACGGGCAAUGGGGCUUGUCUUCCCCUCCCCCAUUGCCCCUCCCACUCCUUUCCCAGGGGAGCAAGGGCCAGAGCAAGCUAGAGGGCAGCUGAGCCACUGGCCAGUCCACGGAGAUGUGCAGUCAGUCAGGGAGUCAGGGAGAGAAGAGCCAAAUGUAACCUGGGCCUGAGAGGUAGAGACAGUCCUCCCGGGUCACAGAGCCAGUGAGGACCCAGGCCAGGACCAAGCUGCCCUGUCACUCACAGCUCACCCACGCAUCCCCACCACUGCACUCCCUCCUCGUCCUGCUGCUGUGGCCAGGAGUGUCGGGUCCCCAGGCCAGAAGCAUGCUUGUCACCGUGUGACAAGCCCACCCAGCGUGUCUGAUGGGCUCUCCAUGAGGCAUCAAGCUCAGCACUGCCACUUCCGCAGCCCAGGGGCCAGCUCUGCACCCCGAGGCUGGGGAGGGUGAAAACCAGUCUCCAUCAGGGAGAGGUGGCCCCCUGGGUGGGCAGAGCGCACCCACAUCAGUGUCUUCAGGGUCUGUACCAGUCUUUCCUUACUGGGGUAAAGGUCACUGCACAGCCAUGUCACCUCAGGCUCAGCCCCUGGUCGCCCUGAGGGGCCUCUAUACCCCAUGUCUCAGCCUCCAGGCCUCUUCUGCCCCUUCCUCACAUCCUGCCCACAGGGCCUUCGCCCACGCUGUCCUGGGGCUCAUGACUUGGCCCGUGGUAGAACAGUGCUGCCCCCUGGAUGUUCCAGCUCUCCUCCAGCAGGACUGAUCCCCAGCCAGUCAAGGCAGUAUCUGCAGAGAUGACCUGACACUGGAGGGGAAGCUGGCCUGAGGCCUCCACUGUCCCUGGGCCCUGAGUGGGUGCAGUGGCCCCCAGGGACCAUGGUGGGGUGAGACGUGCAUGUCCUUACUGGGCCCCCAUCCCCAGGCAACCCCAAACCCUGGACUGUCUGUAGCUCUUGGGCCCCUGGUACCCGGAGAACCUGGGUGACAAUAAAUGAGGUUAUCUUGCUGCUCGUUCAUC